UGGCCCGCUCUUUGGAAACUCCUAUCUCAACUUUACACACUCCUAACCCCUUCUUACACUUAUAUUUCUACCUAUUAUUAUUAUACAUUCCAACUUCACUGACAAACCGCCCUUAAUGUCUAUUUCAGAAGCCACCACCACGGAGCUCCAAUCAUCCCUCCGCGAACUCUCCCUCAGUAACAAUAGUCCCGUGAAGGACAUUGCCCGCCCGGCGGUGAAAACCGCAACGACCAAGGCAGCAACUUCCAAGAAGAAGGCCCCUGUUGUGGCUGAUUCAUGGGAAGACGAGGCGGACGAGUCGGAACCGGACAUCAACUCCCCAGGAUGUGCUAGCUCAUCGCUGUCGCCAUCCGUCACCACCGCAGAGGGUCCCUUAGAUCCCCCGCCCACUCCGAUCUCCCCCCAGACCUCCCAGACAUGGAGCUCUGUGCCGGUGUAUCCUGAUGUUGGCGGCGUGUCGUCUCGCACGUCGGAUUCCAGGUCCCCAUCCCGGAGGCCAGAGAAGCAGACUGCUGUUGCGGGGAGAAUGAUUGCAGGUGCUUUGGGGCUUCGGGCCCCGAAGCGGACAGAGGAGCAGCGUGCGUAUGACCGUGCUGUUAAAGAGAAGGAGAUAAAGCGGCGGAAUCAGGAGCGGGAGGCGGCAGCUAAAGCUAAGGAGGAGGAAGAACGGGCAAAGGCUGCUGUUUGGGAUGAUUAGGAUAUUCUCUUUAUAUUCGCCGUCUAUAUAUUUGACUACUUGAGGCUGGCUUUUUCUAAUAUGGUUCUUUUUUUGAGGGUGAUGCAUAGUGUUGUGUAAUCGCUUGUCUCUUAUAUGGUAAUUUUUGGUUGGAUCAUUCGCAGGUGUAUUAUAUUGAGGUAUAGUACAGGGGUGUAAGGUGCUGUCUUUUUCACUUGGUGUUCUUUGUGUGAAAUUUCUCAGAGUCUGAUCGGGAUUAGACAAACGGCAAAGGCAAUAACACUACUAGUAGGACUCAGAUACGACGACCAAAAUUUGCA